AACAGGACUCAAGACAAAAUGUGCACCAGACUCACAACGAUUUCCUUCCUCAUUUCCAAAAAAGUGGAGUUGAAACUUCAGUACGUCCUCGAGGAGAGUGUGUGGGGGCAGAAAUUCAUUUUUCUUCACUUCAGGAUGCUGUUAUACAAGAGUGUACACACACACACGAUGCGUGGUCUUUGUGCUUUUUUUCUCUCCAUCCUGACCCAAGUGUCCUCAGAAACCUCGAGUGAUGUCAUUGGCCUCGUCGGGCACAAUGUCACACUGCCCUGUAGGUAUGACACCCAAACUUACGGCGUGCUGAGUUUCUGUUGGGGACGAGAGCAGGUGCCCCGGUUCCAAUGCUCCGACACUGUCCUCUCGUCCCAGGACGGGGCUGUGGAGUUCAGACAGUCGUCCAGGUACCAGCUGCUGGGCAGGGAGACGGACGGAGACAUUUCCCUGACCAUCCUGGACGCUCAGUGGAGCGACGGUGGUGUUUAUGGCUGCAGGGUCGAGAUCCCCGGGUGGUUCAAUGACCAGAAAGUCGACACAAACCUGGUCAUGGAGGAAGCACCUACAGAACAACCUGUUACCACGGACUGGACACUUGCUAUUGCUGGAAUAGAUGAAAUAUCUGCAUCUAAGAAUGUGGAAGUUGGUGACCCAGUGAUGGAAGAAUUUGGAACAACUGCGGGAAAUUUCAUGGCCUCCCUGGAAGUGGGGAACAUUGCCAGGACGGGAGCUAUUUUCUUCUCCACCAUAAUCAUAAUCCUCUUCUUUAUUUUCCGGAGAAGGUUUCAGCCGGAGCGGAGACUUCAGCAUCUUAACAACUUAGCUGUGGAAAACACUUAUGAAUGUGUCCCAGUGUGUGCGUGAGGGUCAGCGCUACAUGAAGAAAGGACUUCCUAUACAAGGAACUUCAGGCUGAAGGAGUGCCUGCUUGUCAUGCGCUGACACUUUCCAUCCCCUCUGGUUCAGAGAGGAACCCUUUGACUACAAGAGAAUGAGGAUCUCCUAUUUCCCUCCAGUGAAGCAGCCAAUGUUCUCAGAUUCAAGUAAAAAGUUUGAUUAUGCAUCAGAAGAUACAAAAAUAUCCUUCAGGUUACUUAAUAAUCUCUUCACUCUUGUUUCAUGGCAAAUUUGAUCUCACAGCCCAGAAAAGCUUGUGGAUGGUAAAUGUUUGUGGAGACGACGCCACCUGCUGGACUCAAAUUAUUAGAGGAGAGUACUCUAUAGUGAAAACUCAUGAAUGUGACCUUAGUUUGUUGGUUAAAGGUUUGAUAGAGAAGGAGGGAAGUCAGAGUGAAGGAGAAAUGCAUAUAACUCCCCACUUAUUUAUGUUUAAUGUUAAAUAGGCUAAUAACUGUGUACUGACAAACUAAUUUCAAUAAAGAUGAUGUUAAGAAAGACAUUUUGGACAUAUGUCAUAGUAGAACUUUCAGCACAUCUGAUCAGAUUUAUGAUGACAUGGCUUCAGUUUAACCACUAAACCAAGAAAUCAAGAAAUCAUAAAACAUCUUAUAAUGUCAUGACUGAUGAGAGAAAAUCCACUGUAACUUGUCAGAAACUAUAACAUAUAUUUGUUGCUGUAUACGCUGCCUUCUGUAACAUCACUUCUUAUCUGUUAAAAUAAACAAACAAAUAAACCUAA